UUCACCCCUGAAGCUGGAGGUAUGGUUUCUUUCCAAUAGCCGAGGUAGUGGCAGAGAUUUUCACGCCAGAUCGUCCGUUAUGGCAGCCCUCGAGCCCAAAAAGACCGUCGCCAUCAUCGGCUCUGGAAUGGCAGGGCUGGUGUCGGCAUACUUGAUCCAGCAAGACCGCAAACGCAGAUAUGAGGUGGAGGUGUUUGAAAUGCAAGAUCAGUUGUCUCUGGACUCUGCCUCGUACACUAUAACUUCACAAGAUCGUCAUACGUAUCGGGUUGAUGUACCCAUGCGCGCAUUUGAUGAUGGCUUUCAUAACAACCUCAAAUUGAUGUAUGAUCAUCUCGGUGUAAAAUACGCGUCGCCGAAAUUCAUAUAUCCGCUGUCUACCAUUUCCACAACGGAUGGAAAGAAGCUGCCUCCACACUUCAUCCACUCAUCUAGCAAUCACCAAGUACCACCUAUCCGACCUGAAGGUUGCGGUUACGUCGAAUGGAUACUCCGAAUCUUGUAUCUGGCCGUAUGCUAUUUCUGGUUUACGGCUUGUUGCUUCCUGGUUGAACCCAGACCAGCCACUCCCUCCCAUGAAGGUGAAUCAUUACGAGAAUACCUCUGGCGGAUUCGACUACCACGGUACUUCAUCAACACCUAUUUUCUACCGUUACUGUCCAGCGUGACAACUUGCUCACACAGUGAGCUUCUUGAUUUUCCCGCGAUCGACGCUGUGGAUUAUGCGAAGAGAACAUAUCGCCAGCCGCACUAUACCGUUGUCGGAGGCGUUCAAAAUGUCCAGACCAAGAUUACCAACGGCCAAUCUGUAAGGCUCGGCGCAAUCGUUACCCAAGUCGAAAAUGUUGGUUCGAAGGUCCAGGUCACAUGGACCGACUCGAAAAGCAAGGAGGUCCAUUCCAAACAAUUCGAUCACGUCGUGAUGGCGGUGACUCCGAACGUGGUUGGCGCAAUCUACGAACCUCUACGAAAACUCAUGAGCUCAAUCCCUGUGAACCACGGAGAGGCGGUGGUUCACCGUGACAGAUCUUCUAUCCCGGAUUGUAGCCAGUCACUGGGCAGGUUCGCCGCAAAAGCCCGGCAAUCUGUGGACCCGACUCAAAUUCUGCACAUCUGCUCCAACUCCUCGGCAACGGAGGCGAUACAUGAACAUCCGUGUUCCGUUCUAGUGACAAGUUUUCCGAUCGCUCCUAUAGACCCCACUAAGGUUAUCCAUCGCGCGCGACUAACCCGCGUUCUACGAACCCCGCAAAGCAGGAAGAUUGUCAACCGGAUAUUCGGCGGAAAUCUCCAACAUGCAUACCAAGAGAAGGAGAAGAUCUGGCUUAAUGGCACCGGGAACGUUUGGCUUGCUGGCGCCUGGUGCUGGGACGGAAUGGUCCUGCUCGAGGGAUGCGUCGUUUCCGCCAUGAGAGUUGCCGCAAGCCUAGAUGUUGAAGUUCCAUGGCCAAUGGGCCAAUGACUACGUUUUGAACGAUGUUCUACAGUGACGAAAUGAUGUAUAUACAGACAGGUAUACUUAUAAGUUGCCGUCUAUUCACAUAAUUCUGCCAGUUCAGGAAAUAUUGGCAUCCUUGCAUCCAACAUAGUUAAUGUUACACCUAUCUUCACAUGCUACACUUUUAAGAUACAUAACCGACUGUUUUGCCGAAGAGCCGCGGUGCGAGGAUGCACUACCCUUGAUUGCGAGCUACCACCACAAACCCUCGUAAUACCCCAGUCUUUGCCCACCAAUUAAAUGCCUUCGCGGCUCCCUUGAACUUGCCCACGGUCAUCCCAUAUCGCUUGAGCUCCGCGUCUU